AAAAUUGUUUGAUGCUAAGUUGCCGGAAUUCUUUCAUAAGAUAAAGAUGCCUAUUGCAACAAAAGCCAGCUAAAAAGGUAGGUUUGUUAUCCACUUCCCGAUAUAAAAACAAUGUGGUCUGCUACAAUAUAAUCGAACUUUCCCUUGCCGAAUUCACUGCAAAAACUGAAGAGCUGAUAUCUAGACACCAGGAAGUGGACUGAAAAAUCGAGGUGCAGUUGAACGUUUUAAACCAUCUUCCAGGUAUCUGGAGACUACAUGAAACACUGAUUAUGGAGUGCUUGAUGUAGCUUCUCAAAUAGCCAACAGUUCUCAAAGAAAUUCAAGUAAAGGUUCAUUGCAAUUUGGCAAACGUCACGGUGGUGACUGCCUUUGCCUCCCAAGUUGAUAACAUCACAUGCUGGCAGCUAAAGUUAGGCAAUUUGUGCAAACAAAUUUCACUAGCCCAAACGUAAUUAACUGGUGCGCAUUACUUUCAAAAAGGUUAAAUUAAAUUUGGUUCCCAUGAUGUUAAGAACAAACCGACAUAAUUCUGUAUUUGUGGCUCACAUCACUUCCUGUUCACUGUCAUAACGGACCGUGUAUUUCAUGCUGUCGUGACUUAUUGACUAUGAUGCCAUUCACAAUUUUCUUUUUCAACAAUAGAGUAAAUUCAAUGGGUAGGACUUGACGUCUUGCGGGUCACUACAAAUCGUCUGGCCAAAGAUUUGUUAUUAUUUACUGUUAGAGCAGAAUAUAUAAGCCAUAAGGGUGAUACAGAGUCAUUUUGCUAUUUUCUAAAUCUAAGUCCCAGAUGAAAAUGGCAAUUUUGUCAAGUCGAUGGUUAAAAUUGGCAGCAUUAGUAUUGUUAUAAUUUGGAUGCAAACAAAUUAAACUAUGGCCCAUAUUUAGCAACACCCUCUGGCAACAAAAAUACUCCAAAUCUCAAAAAUAUUUUAAGAACACUGAGACGGCUCACGAAAAACCACAACUGUUACUCAGCCUGCGUCAUGCUUGAAAAGGGGCCAAUAUACAGUAAUUUGAAAUGUUAACUAUUCGGUCAUUGUGGAUGAUAUUCUGGGAGGAUGUGGAGAUUCUUAAGAUUUAUUUUACUUACAUUUUUAAGUACAUAUGAGAGGAACAAAUUGCUACCCAAAGUUGUGGAGAGAUUAAUUAUGUCUUGAACACUCUGUCCACCGAAAAGUGCCGGUUCCUCUUAAUUCUCCACCGAAAAAUAUUUGUACGUGACUAACCCCACUCAACGUACACGGUCCAACAACGGGGCUCUCUUUGAAUGUAAAAUUUGCGAUUUAGAACAAACAUAAGUGCUUCAUUUUUUGGUUCGCCUUUUUUUUCUAGAUUGAAAGAUUUGUGAUUUGAUGUAGCCCUGAUGAAAGCCGUCGAAGAAUUUCGUAUCUUCGCGAUCUUGUGUGUUUUAGCUAUAAACGCAUUUGUUUGUAGUAAGUAAGAAAUAUAUGUGUAAUUUAUGGUGAAUAUGUUAUCAUCUGAUUAUACUGCGUGAUGAUGAUAAGUAGCGACUCGCUUUCUUCUGGUGAAUUUUUUAAGAUAAAAAAAAAUUGUCAAAACGUGGUGUGCUCUUUCCCUGUGACUAUGCAACGCAAUGAUCAUUUUCCCUGAACCUUUUGAUUCUGGAGAUUUUAAGUCCCAAAAAAUUGCGUUCACUAAGCUGCAGCUUGAAACAGCUAAUGGUCAUCAGUUAUACAAAAAUGUACAUAAAAAUGGUGAGAAAAAAAAAGUAAUUUAUUUGUAAAUAUAACAGUCGAUAAGAUCUCCUUGACUUUAUGUGCUGUUCUUUCUCUUAAUUAGUGUCACAAGAUACAUUUUUCUAUUCGAAAAAUUCAAGGUGAGUUCCGUCUGUCUUCAACACUGUGCUACAAGUUGAAAUAUCUACUGAUCUACAACAAAUUGUGAACUCGAGCAGGGAAGAUGACCUAAAACAGACUGUUAAGACCUAACAGUCCAAUUUGUGUACUGAAGUACAAACUUGCCUUCCUUCAACACCACCUCCGUGACUCCUCCCCCCCCCCCCCCCAAAAAAUAUUCGUUCAAAGUUCUAAUAUCAUUCCUGACAUUAACGUUUAAGGUGAAUGUCCCCGUUUAAAUUAUAUAAUAUGUUUUCUUUACCUACUAUCUCAUCCAUAUUUGUGAAGAUAUUAUUAUUUAUUUCAUUCCAGCUGUGUCCAAGCAGAGUCCGAAGUCAGCCUUCCUCAAAAGACAGCAUCAUGUGUUUUUAUAAUAAAACAGGACAAAGUUGUGAAAAUAUUGUCGGUAAUCAAUAUGUUUUUGACGUAAAUGGAGAUCAUCUGAGAGUAAGCAAGAUAUUAACGACACAAUUUGAAAAUUACGUAUCUUUGUAUAAAAUUUCUGAUCGAUGUAAACCAAUUAUCUCAGAAUUAUAUUGCCGUUAUCUCCUUCCACUCUGCGAUACGUCCUUGAGCAAACCUUACCCUCGCAAAAUUUGUCGCACUAGCUGCGUGUUCGCCCUUCACGUCGUGUGCACAAGAGAAUUGGCUCAAUUCAGAGAGAUAGCGGGAAAAGAUUCCGCUUUAGACACAAACAUGAUUAACUGUUCGACGUAUCCAUUGGAUACUGGUGGAGAAGCGCCGGAAUGUUACCAGUAUCACUCAUUGCCAGGUAAGUCUUAAACGUGUGCUUGGGAUGCUUUUAAAAACUCUACGUAAACCUUUUUCAUAGCCAAAAACACGGUUUAUUCUAACUUUCAUAUUCAGGUCAACCUAUUCUUGACUAGCCUUUUGCAACAGGUACAACAGGACCCCAUUGACAAUGCAACAGUGUUUUUAUACACUGAUGGGUAUUUCAACCUGUUCAAGUAUUCGCUAUUCCUAUUCUUAUUCUUAUUAUUAUUGCGGGCGUUAAGAAGAACCCGCAAUCCUAAACUCCGGGUUACGCAGUCCAGGCGUAUCUCAUCAAUGAAAUCAAUGGGUAAUCAGUUGAUUAGUCAUUGAUUAUUGCCGAUGAUCAAUAGGUAAUCGAUGAGUAAUCGAUAGGCCACAAAAUUUUCAGUCAUUGAUUACUCAUCGAUUGCAUUGAUAAGUCAUUGAUUGCAUUGAUUACUCUUCAACAUCAUCGCGUGGCUGAGAAUGACAUUUCCACAUUCUUGAGGGCGAUCCAAAAGAUAUGGUAUUCGGUAACAGAACCAUAAAUGGGAGGUGUUCUUCAUCCGGCUCAAAACAUCUUCAGCAAAAUCCCCAAUCGUAUGGGCGCCACGAGGGCCACAUAUAUCACAUCGCCAAAUUUUUGGGUUGGCAAGAUGGAAGGCUUUAUAUCCCUUCUACUGGACGCCAGAACAGAUUUUUUUAUUGCCCAUGAUAAACGAUAUGCAAUGUUUGCCGGACGCCAGAACAGAUUUUUUUAUUGCUCAUGAAAAACAAUAUGCAGUGUUUGCCGGUUCAAGUGCAGAGGAUAACAAUUCCUCCAAACUAAAGCGUAAAGAAAUCAUAUGUGGAUGAGAAAAUACCGACUUUAUUAUUGGACAAAUUAAACGAAUCACUACAAUUCCAGGAAGAGAAAAGAAGGCGCAUUCACCAUUUGACUGGAAAAUUUCUAAAACGGAUCAUGUGAGACUAGCUGCUAAUGUAUUUGUUUGCAACUUAGACCACGCAAAUGAUACAAAGCUAGCAAAGAAGCUUUUUCUUUUGAAAAAUAUAUAUUAUUUUUGACUCUCGUCAGUUCAUCCAGAAUAUUCCACUAACUCCAUCCGGCAGAUGGCAUUCUUGUCCUUGAUAAUGAAAGACUUGCUUUAAUCGGUGGACACCGCGAACGACUUGAACGCCGGGAAACGAAACUCGAGGAAGCGGCAAAAAGGAAAAAACAUGGAAAAACGAACGUAUGAAACAGGGACCAGCAGGGAAUAUGACAGUAGCGGUUUUGAAGGAACUAUUAAAAGAUAAAGGAAUUGCCUUCAAUUCAAAGGCCAAAAAAUCGGAACUUGUUGAUCCUUUUAACGCCGCUACCUAUACCUCUGGUAGACCUAGCUGCAUGAAAGUGAGAUUGCCAGUUGCAACGCUGCCAUGUACUGUAGCUGCUUACGACAGUAGUAUUCCAAAGUUAAGCAGGUUUAGUUUUUCUUUGUAAAUAAACAGCUACCUCAGGAAAUAUCACGCCAUUUAUCUUCUUGAUACGCAUAAGGCUCAGCAUCUUUGUAGCAAUGUUGUCAUCGUUAAGCUGUUUUGUUAUCAUUAGGAAAUUAAUGAAAACGUACAAACAAAAAUGAAAUGCCGGUAUUUGCUGAGAGCAUCGCUUUGUUUGCAUAUGUCUAAGAGGGGAUAGCUCGCCUACGUUAUAACUUCAUUAACAGGUAAACAUCAUUCAAUAUUAAAGGGUAUUUCUCCAUGGCGGGAAAUUCUUAAUAGAUGAGUAAUCAAUAGGUGAUCAAUGAGUAAUGAAAAGGCCACAAAAUAUUUUGUCUUCGAUUAGUCAUCGAUUAUUCAUUGAUCAUCGGCAAUAAUCAAUGACUAAUCAGCUGAUUACUCAAUGAUUACCCAUCGAUUACUCAUUGAUGUCAUUGAUCAUUGAUGAGAUGUGCCUGGUUAAGUGCGCUGUUACAAGCUUACACAUUCAGCCAAACAUAAAGGCAUAUGUCUUAUAUCUGUGCAUACGUCUCAACUAAAAACACAAGACUGAACGUUGUUAUUUCUCAUCAAUUUCUGAUAGGUGAUGAAACUAAGAGUACAGGUUUGUAAUAGCAAUGUUUGUCUAUUUCAGUAGAUUGGUUCUGUAUCUUUAAUUUGAUUGUCACUAACAGGUAAUUCAUAUUUCCCACUACCGGUUAUUAAGGCUGUAAUUUAAGAGAUGUAGCAACAACGUAAUUUAAUAAUCAAAGAUAAAUUAAGUGUUGUUAAGAAAUCCGCGCUGUAUAUAUGCACUAAAACUAUACUACAGCUGUACGCUCGUUCUUUUGCUACAGUCAAAGAUUGGAAAAUCAGUUAGUUAUUUCAAAUUAAAAUUAUUCCUCGAGCCCGAAUGAGCUCUGAGACAAUAGCCCAGAUUUUAUUCCGAUGCUUUGUCAGUAGAACUUUGGAUUCUGGAUUCCAUGUCAAUGGAAAUUGGAUUCCAGAUUCCACGUUCUAAUCGUUAGCGGGAUUCCGGAUUCCCAUGAACAGGAUUCCUGAUUUUACAAGCAAAUAUUUCACAGUUUCCAGAAUAUCCGGAUUAUCUGACAUGGGACGACCCAUACCUUUCCUUUCCACCAACGCUCAUGAUUAUAAUUUAUCUGACUACUUAUUAUUUAUAGAUUGUUACUACGGCAUGGGCGUUGGAUAUCGUGGCAAUGUGAAUAUCACCCGUUCGGGCCGUCCGUGUCAGCCUUGGACCUCUCAAUGUCCUCAUCGUCAUUGGCGAUUUCCUGAAGAUGUUGUCGAUGGUCAGAAUGACUCUAACAUGUGUCGUAACCCGCAUGCUAGUGCCCCGGAUGGACCUUGGUGCUACACUGCUGAUCCUAAAGUUCGAUGGGAAUACUGCAACAUAUCCCGAUGUCCUCCAAGAGGUCUUUAUGUAAAGUAUUUUCUUGUUUCUCAUUCAAUUCGGAUUAACAAUAGGAAAACCUUGGCAUUCCCCGCUUGAGAGAGCUUGGGUGUGGGCCUCGGCAUGGUUUUCUCAAAACAAUAACUGAGCGAUUUCUCGCGCGCUGAUUGGUCGAGAGCCAUCUAUAGUUUUUACACUACUGUAUGAAAAAAGUCCAACGGUCAAUAGGCGUCUACACGAUGACUGUAAGAUGGGACAUCGAUGGUUACAACAAAUUAAUAGUAAGAAUGAUCUUAUGAGCGACAAUUCCAAGUUAGAAUAUGCUUAAACCACCAUACGCGUUUUAACACAACCUAAACGUUUACCAUUUUCAUUCAUCCUCUUUUGGAAACAAUAACGAAGGGGAUUCGUGCACCGUUUUUAACAUUAAGCUUUUGAUAGUUUGUAACUGAAACAGUAUCUUUGAACCUGCAGUUCCCAAAAACCCAGGGUCUUUGCAAGGCUACCCCUUCAAUUCAACUGCAAUUUACAUAUUCUGGAAAAGCAUUCUUCCAUCUUUACACAAAGAACAACUGCUUGGUUACCGGAUACAGUACAGACGCCUUGGAUCACAGUUGUACAGUGAUCUGAAUGUUACCAGCAACAUCACAGAGAGCGUUAUUAGCAGACUUGAUUUUCAAACUUCGUAUGAGGUUAAAGUCAACGGAUUUAACGAGAAUGGUCAUGGAGAGCCUGGGAACAUCCUUGUGGUCAAAACCUUGCAAGAAGGUAAGUACAAUUCUACGGACUACUCCAAGCUUUGUCUUGGUAGACAAGUGUUUAUGUAUUGCUGGUUUACACAGUCACUACGCCAUAAAAAAUAAAAAUGGGCACCAUUCGAUAAAUUAAGUCAAGAAUCUAAGGCAUAAAAGAAGAAAAAUAGGAAAGCAAUUUUGCAAAGAUUUAUGGUUUUUCGUGCGCAAGAUACUUGGAGAAAUGAUUUAACUUUUACUUGAUAAGAAUUUAUAAAAGAUUUUGUUUCAUUUUCAGGAGAGAUUCUCAGUGAUGUAAACUUCACGUUUAUGUUCAACACAAAAUUUCAGAAUGAGCUAUUAAAUAGCAGUAGCAACGAAUUUAGAACGAUGGAAGAUAAAAUACAAUUUUCGGUGAGUACGAGCUUUUUUGAAGUCAUUUACUAAAACAGUACAAAGUCGGUUCUCCGUUGUUGUUGUUUUUUUUUUUGCUGUCGCCUAUCGACUAACACCUCGUACCAGUCUUUGGACCCCAGCUGCGGUAAGAUAACACCUUUGCCUCAACCCCCGAGCAAUGUGCUGAUAUCCUCUUAGUUCCAGAGGUAGUGAGCUUAAGCCGGGAUGUCUCAUUCUUCUCGUAUAAUUCAUACUUUGGAUAUUCGUGGGAAAAAGAUGAUUAAAAAGAAGACUGGUCAGUGGAAACACCGUGACAUAGGCCCGACUAUGGGAGUUGUUCUCUCCCGAUUACGGGACUCUUACGGGCUUCAGACACCGAAACGUUUGGGAAUUCAUCAUUUUGCUUGCCUAGUUCAUACGGGUCUGUACGUUUCCUUAACACAUACAUACUUCAGCUACAGCGAUUGACGGUUUCUGUCCACUUGUAAACGAUUGCGAGGUGGUUAAUUUUGUUAACUGAUUCCUAACGUAUAGACAGCCUUGGUUGACUGAAACGUUUAACAUUGCAGGUAAACCUCCAAUUCAAUGACUCUUCUCCACUCAAGAUAUACGAUGUCAGAGUAUUACGCUUCAGGUAGUUUAUAUCAGGACGUCAUUAAAUCCCUCUUUGGUGUCAGUACUCAUUGAUCAUUUGAGACUUUUUCUCAAACAAUUUACUGCAUUAUAUUAGAGAGCUUUUCUGUAUUCUAAAGAUUAAAACUAUUGUUCGUAAAUGCUCUUCGACGCUUAUGUCGCGAUGGGGACCCAUUGCUCGAUGUUGAUAGUUUUUGGCUUUAGAUUAGGAUACUCCCACAAAAGAAUUCCGGAAGGAGACACCUCGGUGUAUUAGAUUAAGAGUGAUUUAGCAAAAGAACGGGAACGUCAGCUGACGUCGGGAAUGGGCGCGGGAAGGUCAUAGAAGGCCUGACUUCCGGUGCCCAGUUUGUCGCUCGGCUAUUAGUAAAUGCCUUGUUUUAGAUCUACGCGCACCGUCGUCAUUUACGUUCCGUCGUCUUUGCUAAAUCCGCAAAUUUAAAAUAUCCACAUCCUACUCACCAAUCCUCCAAAACCUUUUAACUUUAUUAACUGGAUUUUCAAUGUGUCUCCUCCGUAUUGCCCGCCGUUCUCUCUUCAGAAUCCCCUAUAAAAGAGGAAAAUCUCUUAGGAGAAGAGGAAGCAAAGUUUCAGCGUUGUUCAUGCAUGCUAAUGAGUGAGAUGCUUACUUAUAUACUGUGCCUAAUUUAUUUUUGACAUGUAAUCAUCAGUGGUGGAAGUGUUAAGGCCGAAAUUUUGGUUUUAGCCAAAGUUGAGGAGCAUACUUCGAAAGCUGAGGCUACAACUCGUUUGAUGGAUGGAUUUGACACUGCAUUCAAAAAGAGACUCGGUAUUUCUGCUGUUACUGUUAAUGGUAAGUGGUCAACAACGGAUAAUAAUUUUUUGCUCAUUUAACACACUUCUUAUUUUGUUUUUAAAUUUCUUUUUUUCAAAGUUUCUUAGUUUUACUGGUGUUAUAUGUAAGGGAAUCCAAGAGACUUGGAUUCUGGAUUCCACGCCGUGGAUUCCGGAUUCUUUGUCAGUGGAUUUUGGACUCCGGAAACCAAUCGUUGAUGGGGUUCUGGAUUCCUUGAGCUGUUUUCCGGAUUCCAAAGACCAGGAUUCCGGAUUCCAUAAGCAUAAAUUUUCCGGAUCCCGGAUUCCUCUAAACGGGGCAAUAUAUAUGUUGAUAAGCAUGGCACAUUGAGCGACUUUUAUAUUGCCGAAGUAAAAGCCACUUCAAAAACUUAAAAUACUUUGCCUGGGUUGAUACUCUUACUGGUAAUGGACUAUCAUUUCGCAACGAAGUCGUGUCAUCAUUUUCUGCAGGUGUAUUCGCCUCUUUAUAAACUAAUAGAAGAAUAAGAACAGAUUUUGGCUCUAUUUUUAUCAACAGAAAAACCGCCGCCACCCAGAAGCCUGAAGGUAACAAAUGUCCAGUCAAAGUACAUUGUGUUAACCUGGGAAAGGCCACGAUAUGGCAGUAAUUUCCACAUUCACAACUACACAGUUGAGCGCAGGAAAGAACACGCCAAAAGUUUUACAGUUGUGGCAACAUUACCAUACACCCAACCUGGCAUGGUAAUGGAAGAUUUAGAACCAGCCACAGAGUACACGAUAAGAAUGUCAAGCAACAACGAAUAUGGGAGAUCUGAUGAUGGCGCAUCGCUAACGCUAAGCACCUCACCUAGUAAGUGCCCCUAUAAGUAAUGGCUUUGGAAAAAAAGAAAACAAAUACAAUCAAAUCGUUACUUCAUUUUUCCCUUCAAUGAUACAGGAAUAGGACUUUCCUGAAAAUACAGCUGAUGGUUUAAUUCUUUCAAAGGAAAGUAGUAUAGUUUGGACCAUAUGAGCGGGGAUUUCUGAGAACGGAAUCAACGUUUUCCAGUAGUUUUCAGUAGUUCAACUGUGACGUUUUAUCAGAUGACGCAAUGAAGAUAACAUUAAAAAAGGCCAAAUUUACCUCUAGAUAAAACAAGUUAAACAUAGCACGUUAUAAACUUAUAACGCGACAAAAACGUCCUCUGAAUUUGAGGUUUGAUCCAGAUACUAGUAUAAGGAUUGGUACAAUAAGCAACCUUCGGCGAAGGACGCUAACACCAUGUUAAUCACACCAAAGAGUACAAAAAUACGGGGGAGAAAGAAGAAAAAAAAGAAAAAAUACGGAAGAAUCAGACAGUCAAGAACACCAGGCAAACAUGAAAAAAUUCAGGAUUUUUCCUGGUCUUCACAUUCCUUUUUUCUCUACAGACAGGUUUAUCAAGAAGCUGAUGCUUACGAUCAUCUUGCCUUUUGGAUUAGCUGUUUUCUUUGUCUUGUUUGUUUGCCUCAAGUUUCGCCGAACUUGCUCACAGUCAGAGCAACAGAUAAAGGAAAAGGUAAACCAGGAUGGGUUAAAAUUAAUGCAAUCUUCUGCAGUUUUCUUGCUCUUACAGGCCUCAAGAUCCAACAUAUAGCUUCCAAGAAGGUCUCAAUCCAUUAUUUCUAGGCUCAUUUCCUCUUUACUAUGGCCUAAUCGGGAGGAUAUUUACCUUUUGUUAUUUUAAUACAUAUGUAGCUGCGGUAAGCAAUACUGAUAGUGCGAUUUCCUUAGAUGGUAAUAGGAGAGCGCGGCAAUUGGAUUGAACUUCCCAGAUCAGCUGUCGAGUUCAAGGAGAAGUUAGGUGAAGGGGCAUUUGGUGAAGUUUUCAAGGGAGUGGUCAGGAUCAGCGGGAAAUUUACAACCUGUGCGAUAAAGAAACUUAAAGGUAAAUUAGCCUGGAUUUGCUGAAGUCCAGAAGGCUAUUAAAUGAUGACGCUGCGUUAUCAAAGAAGAAUAAAAAAUAGAAUACAGAAUCUGCAUUUUCCCUACAUAAAAGUGACAGUUAAUUUUAUACUUGAAUCUUAUUUUUUUUCUCACAGCGAACGCUACAGAGGCCGAAAAACGUGAUUUGAAAAAUGAACUCGAGAUAAUGGCUACAGCUGGCAAACACCCCAAUUUAGUAAGUCUUCUAGGAGCUUGUACAGAGACAGGUAGGUAACAUAACUCGCAAUAAAGACAUUUUCUAGCGCGAAUGUAGGAAGGAGUUAUGAGCGAGCGACUUCCGACUGUCUGAAUUUAGGUAAUAGCCAAGGGAAGUCUUCUUUCGAAAAUUGAGCGACUGCCUUGUUUAAAACACUCGAUGACCCUUCUAACUUUGCACCUACAAUACAUACCGGGCUUUCAAAACGAUCAGGCUCUUCUCGGUACAGAGGCAACGUACACUGAGUGUACUUAAUUUUAGCUGUUAUCGUGUCUAUUCAAAAUCACUUAUAACAAGAUGAUAUCUUCGUGCUGGGUAGUUUGUAAAUAAAGAUUAUACAUAAUGAACCACCCUAGCCCAGUUUUUGGGUCAGUGAAGUUGUAAGACGCAUUAACUAAUUCUGAUUACAACUUUUGUUACAAAGCUGCAUGAAUUAACGCAACAUUGUUGGAUGUUAUAUGUUACGUCCGUUUGCACACCCUGUUGCAUGUUGUUGCGCAACGUUUCAAACCGGUCAAAAUUUAUCCUUCCCACGAUGCACUGCAUGUCCUAACUUGCAUCUGUUUGCACACCACUCGGACGCAACAACUUCCAACAUUGUUGGCCCAACAAUGUUGGGAGUUGUUGCAUCCGUUUGCACGUGUUUUUUAGAGAAAAACUGGGAGAAGCUCACGAGACACUUAUAUAACUUAUGAAAUAUUGAUUUGUGAUUCGUCUUUAGAGCCUGUAUUGGUGGUGGUACGUCUAGCUCAAAAUGGCUGUCUACUAGAUUAUCUGCGGAAAAGCAGAGAGCAUCUCUAUAUCAACGUGGAAAAAUCUAAAAUCAACUUUGAAUUAAGCGAUAGAGUAGGAAUUGCACGGGAUAUUGCCAAUGGAAUGUUACAUCUUUCAAACAAAAAGGUACGAUACAUUUGAAAAAUGUUCCACUGAGACAAUUCAAAGUAGACAGACUGCAAAUUAUAUUAGUUGCUAAAAAUAUAUAUAUAUCUACGUGUCGCAACUGUUCAUCAGUAGGAUGAUGCAAUUAAUUCAUGAAGGAUUACUCCAUAAGACUGUAAAUAAAAACAGUGAACCAAACCUAACAAUUCAACAAGUUAAUAGAGUGGUUCUAACGUAAUGGCACAACCAACAAAAUGAUGCGAGCUGUUGCGAUUUCAAAAUGGCGACGAAGACAUGACAUUUAACAAAUUUUUGCUGAGCACGAUAUUACCUGAGCCUGAGGUUAAAUUAACUUAUAAAGGAGAAUUCCAGUGUUUUAUUGUUUUUGCUUUUUAGUGUAUUCAUCGUGACCUUGCAGCACGAAACGUGCUACUUGACGAAAACUUCGUUGCGAUGGUUUCUGAUUUUGGCUUGUCUCGUGACGUGUACGAAAGCGGCGCUUAUGAGAACACAUCAGGGGUACGUCAUGUAUUAGAAAUGUGUUGUCAUGUAUAUUGUUUCUUACUUAACCUUAGGUUAUACUUGAGUAAUGAUCUAGUUUAAUAUUGUAGAUAUUUUCCACUUGAUUAUGCAUGUAUGCUAUUAGUAGCUGUUUAAUUUUUAUUUAUUGUAAACUUUAUAGGUAGCCCUUCAGUGAGGGACUUUGUUUCCUGUUUAGGGUUCUCCCGUCAAUAUUUAAAGUCUUUGUAUCAAAGAAGAUUCACCUCAUUUUCUUUCGCUAUGUGGCAAUACGCUUUCCCUACCCAUGAGAAUGUUUUCAUUUUCACUCAUCGAAUGUGUCAAACUACAGAGAAGCAGGUUACAAACUAAGGAUGUAAGAAACACUUGUGAAGGCAAAACCACAACGACACAACGGAUCUUAAGUAGACCUGGAUCAGUAAUUUCUUCAAUUAAAAAAAAAUUUUAAAAAUAAUAAACUGACCCUUGCGGAAGGAAGAGUAAUAAUGUCCGAUAUUUCGGUUUGCAACACAAACCUUUAACGAGGACUAAAAAAAUAGAAAUGAUAAAGACCAAGAGUUACAAACAAUAGCUAAGAAAAAUUUAGAGUUUCCCAAGUUCCCCACAUGGGAUUCUAUAUGUUUUAUCAUCAUGGAUUGUAACUGUAAGCAUAGGUUUAAUUCACUACGUUCUUCUGCUUCGAUUUCACACCAGGGUGUGUUGCCUGUUCGUUGGAUGGCACUUGAAUCUGUUGUGGAUUAUACAUACAGCACCAAGACUGACGUGUAAGUUGUAUUUAACCCUUUCAAAUAUAUUCCCCUUUCUUGGUCCAUACUUUUCUUAUAGAAGAAGUGGGGAGAAAUGGUUAAAAUAUCACGUGGAUCACUCCUGGAUGAUCAGUCACCCUUAAAAGACCAUUAAAGUUGUGUGCUUAGAGCCCUGGCUGUUGAAUAGAAGCGAGGCUGAAGAUGACAUUGUUUUGUUACAAACCUUCCUGCUUCCUAUGUGCAAUCAUGUUAUUCUCAUGCUAAAAAGCCAGUGAACAAGAUGACUUUAGAUACACGUGAUCCAUACAAGUUGUCAGAAGCCUGUAUUCAAUGCAGAAAAUAAAAUGAAAACAAUAACCGAUUAAAAUCAUUUCUUUCAUUGCAGCUGGUCAUUUGGAGUUGUAUUGUGGGAAAUCGAAUCUGGAGGUACAACUACACUGAACUCUUCUGAAUAUGUUGUGGAUGUCCGACAGUACUUGACUGUUGUAGCAUUGACUUUUUGAAGAUAAAAAAAAAAACCCAGUAAAAUAUAAAACGUAUUUUGAUCAGCACUGUUAAAGCUUGUUUCAAAGCGCUUUUUCUAGUCUGCUUAUAAGCCCCCUCGGAUAUAAGCCCCUGCGUUUAUACGCUCUCCUUAAGCCCCUAACGAAGAUGUAUAAGCCCAGGGGUUAUAGGCGACAAUUUACUGUAUUGUCAUACCAUAGUAUGAGGAGUGUGUGCAAAAUGAUACUGACAUAAUUUGUGUUUUCCGUUGUUCUCCAGGUGAAAUGCCUUAUCCAGGUCUGGCUGGGAUGGAGUUGGUGGACUUUUUGAGAUCGGGGAAGCGAUUGAGACAACCGGAUGGAUGCCCUGAUAAUAUGUAUGACCCACAAAUAUAGUAGCUCAUUUCGGAAUUACCAUAAGCCUGAUUAUUAUGGGAGGACCCGAGGGAUCCCGUGCCCUGUGCAUACCUAUUUAUGUGUUUAGCCAGAUGUUCGAAAAUGUAGCGGCUAAAAUUACAGCUAUUUAACCGGAAUAAGGCUAAAACGUGACUUGCGGGUCCGACAGACGCAAAAAUUCCAUCACUGCAGAAAAAGGAAAAAGCAAUGGCCGCAUUAUUUUAUACAAUGCAUGCCUUCAACUUAGAUAAAGACUAGGCAAAUCAGCUGAUAAGGUGUUGGUCUCUAUUUAAAAGCUUUGUUUCUUUCUUGCAGCUUUAACAUCAUGACGUCAUGUUGGCAUCCAGACCCCUCACAACGCCCUUCAUUCAACGAGAUUGUUACCUCACUUGAUCAAGCACUGCAAGCAAUAAGGUGCGUGUGUGUCUUUCACAUUGACAUCCCAACGGUCCAUAGCCGCCUUUCUGGAAAAACGUCUCUUGUACCACUUGCGACGUCAUAAAUUUUUCAGAAAUUUUAUAGACAUCAUUGACACCUUCAUUGUUAACAUACCCAAAUGAGCACAAUUAAGUCCAACAUGCCAGAGAAAUGUUGACUAGAAAAUUCAGGUGAACAUCUUGUCCCACUGCACACUUUUACUUCCUUUCAAACUUUACAAUCCUAGGGGUUUUUGAGAAAGAUUUUCUCACCAAAAUGAAGCCUAGCUAAUGCCCAGUAAAAGAAAAAUAAAUCGAGGAGAAGUAACUGAAAGCAAAAGAAGCGGCGAAGAUACAAAGCGAAUGGGUUAAAGUAUAAACGUGGAUUGCAAUUAAAUGCGCAACUUGUACAAUUCGGGCUUUUUUUUUCGAAAUGUAGACCAUGAUGUUACAAAAUAGAUCCCUUUUUGCCGCAGGUCACUUCACAUGUAAAUCAAAGAUGACUCGUCCCGCAUGUGGUAUCAACACACCAAGACAGACGUAAAAAGAAGUUCUUCCCUGACGUUCUUUAUAACAUCACACGUCUGUGUUCCUUUUGUUCUCUGUCAUCACCUUUUGCUAAAACUUUUCGAGGCCCUCACUCAACUAGUAUAGAACCGUUAAAUAAUAUUAUCGACCUACAGUCCUAAAAACAACACGUUAUGAAAUGACUAAGGCAUGCAUUUAGCAGAAGUUGCUUCCUAAUCUUUUACUUUUUUAACACAUGUUAUUAUCCCUUGAUAAUCAGGAUUAAUCCAACUGAUGGGAGAACCGAGUCUACACUUCAAGGAAAUAUAAAUGAGGCAUUGGUAACUGAUGAAACGAAUGAUGAUGGCAUCUGCAUGAACACGAGAGAGGAAAUCUCUCAAUGUGAACUUCCAGCAAAAGACGACCUGGGAUCGGAAGCCGAGAAACAAAAAGACAGCGAAAUCAGAAGUAGCCUGGGAGAUCAGAUCUCUUUAUGUGAACUUCCUAGAACUCUAACUGAGGGAUCAGAAUCCGACGGACAAAUUAAGAAUCAGAGAAAACAGAAUCAAUCUGUGAAAUCAAAUCUUUAUGUUUGAAGUUGUAGAAAAAGUGACAGUCUGUGAACCUGCUUUGAUGCUGCCUUCACUCAAAAAAAAAAAAAAUUCCGCCAAGCUUUAUUUUUUUUACACAGCGAAGGUGUCUUUGUCUUGUACAGAUAUAGAGAGUAGGCACGCCCAAAAGUACAGUGGAAUACUGACGAGUAAUCCUAGGACAGGACAAAGCCAACCUAGACAAACAACAAUACGUAAUAAAAAUGCAUUUGUAGAUAACGUUGUAAACUAGGCCCUGUUCGCACUAGGCAAAAUUUUGUUUGUUUUGCAAGAAAAUAUGUCAACAGGAAAGCCACGACUUUUGUCACCUACCAAGUGAACAUUUUCUCAGGUGUCACCAAACUUCAAAGAUGCCAUCGCGAGAAGAUUUGGAGGCCUACACUUUUCUUCAGGUGAUAAAACCCUUUGUCCCUCUACUCCUUCGUCGGGUCACCUUAUUUCGCGAACGUGACCAAUUAUAGUUCCUUUAAUUGACGUUUUUGAUUACGUGAAAGCUUUGGCGUGAUUCGGGCGCGAACAACGUUACAAAACGAAAAAUUGGUCAAACAGACAUAAAAUCGAUCUCAAAAUUAGGCGCCUUGAAGGCCUCUGUCAGGUUGCAGUUACUGUACGAAAUCAUUGGGUUUCUUGCUAUUCGAUGUUAAGGAAAAUUUACAACCAGAAAACUUUAUUUUACAUGAAAAUCGAUAAAUUACAAAUACAGACUACCUACGAAUAGAGAAGCUAAUGGAGGCAAGUAGUAUGGGGACGUAUCACUUACACCUAAAUUACAAUAUAAUACAAAGAAAGAUACAAGAUAAUAAAUAUGGCAUUACAGAUUAACUACAAUAAUUACUAUAAACAUAUAGAUCAUUAAUGAAAGGCUGGAGGAAGGAUAAAAAGACGUAGGAUUACUGGUUUACGAAGUCACAAGCAC